GAGACGGUCACUCGGGCGUCGCAAAUCAAAAAUCGAAAAAACCGACGAAAAUACGGAAAACGCGGAUUGGAUUCACUCGUUGGGCUGAACUCAACCGAAUCCGGAAUCCAAAUCCUCAGCAAUGUGCGCGCCGAUCCGCCAAACAAUCGCAUAGUGAAUUUUGCAAAUUUGCAAAAUAAUUUCGGUCCGCCGCAGUCGCACACACAUACACACCCGCCCACUUACACAUAGCGACACGGGUAGGAAUAAAAAGAAGCAAUAAAAAAGUUAACGCCGUGAUCGUGGGAAAAUCGAUUUUCCUGUAACCAAAUUUACAACACUAGUGGAUAGAUUGAUGUUAAUCAAACGAUUAUAAAUUAAUAUUUUUUUUUUGCCUGUGCUAAGUACGCUCAGAGCGAGAGAGAGAGACAGGGCGGCGUGAACCGGUGAAGAGAGAAGGUGAGAGAGGUGUUGUUCUGCAAAAAAUUAGCAAGGCAACCAAACGUUUAUAAAUACAUAUAUAUUCCAAUAUUCAAAUUGCAAAUAUUAAUAAACAGACAAGAUUAACAACAAAAACAAACACCUAGAAACAAGAAAUUCAUAUACGAAAAUAAACCAAACAAAUCGGCGGGAGCAAAAGAGACUUUAAAAACGUGAGAGGCGCCAAAAAGUGUAUAAUUUUCGCGGCACGCCCAAAAACUCGGAAAAACUCCCGCCCACGCCACGCCCCUGCCUCCUGCCACACCAGCGACAACAAAAUCAACCUGCAGCGAAAAGGAUAUCGAAGAAAUUGUGGCGGAUAGAUAGAAAAAGAAACCCAAAACAUUUGGGCACUUCAUUUUCUUUCCUCUCCGUUUUGGAAUGGAAAACAUGGUAGUUACUAAAAACUGAGUUAUAUAUAAGAAAUUGGUCAGGAUUUGGAUCAGAAAAGGAAAUGUCUGACCAGGGAUCAGAGCUAAGAGUCUCAAAUGCAAGCAAGCCAACGCCAGCGGCAGGAACCAAGUCCAAGUUCACCAACAGCUGAAGAGGAAGCCGAGGAGAUAGCAACUUCCGUUUCGCACAGCAUUCAAUCGCAGAGUUUAAGCACAAAUACCUUACAAAAACAUUACAAAUUAUUUACGGAGAAAGUGACGCAAUCGGUUUAAGUCGAAAACGAACGAACACGAACGAACAAAACAAAAAAAUAAAAAGCAAACAAGGCAAAUAGAUAACCAUUGCGGAAUACGAUUACGCCGGAGCACAAGUCUACUUAAGGCAGGAGGACUAUAGGACUAUAGCCAUUUAAGUAACUUAAUAAACAAAACAAAAAAAAACAAAAACAAGCAAAAAAGCAACACACAACCCGCAAGCCAAGAUGAACUCCACCACAAAGCAUCUGCUGCACUGCACACUGCUCAUCACUGUGAUAGUUACCUUCGAAGUAUUCUCCGGCGGUAUUAAGAUUGACGAGAACUCGUUCACGCUCGUGGAUCCAUGGACUGAAUAUGGCCAGUUGCCCACGGUUCUGCUGUACUUACUGCGCUUUCUCACGCUCCUCACGCUGCCCCAGGUUUUGUUUAACUUUUGCGGCCUGGUAUUUUACAAUGCCUUCCCCGAGAAGGUCGUCCUUAAGGGCAGUCCCCUGCUGGCGCCCUUCAUCUGCAUCCGUGUCGUCACGCGCGGCGAUUUCCCAGAUUUGGUAAAGACAAACGUGCUACGCAACAUGAACACCUGCCUGGACACGGGACUGGAGAACUUUCUGAUCGAAGUGGUCACCGAUAAGGCCGUACAUCUAGCACAACAUCGUCGCAUCCGGGAGAUUGUGGUGCCCAAGGAGUACAAGACGAGGACCGGGGCGCUUUUCAAGUCCCGGGCAUUGCAAUACUGCCUGGAGGACAAUGUCAAUGUGCUGAACGACAGCGAUUGGAUUGUCCAUUUGGAUGAGGAAACGCUGCUCACGGAGAAUUCAGUGCGUGGCAUCAUCAACUUUGUGCUCGAUGGCAAGCAUCCAUUUGGCCAGGGCUUGAUCACCUAUGCCAACGAGAAUGUGGUCAACUGGCUGACCACCUUGGCGGACAGCUUUCGGGUCUCCGAUGACAUGGGCAAGCUGCGACUCCAGUUCAAGCUCUUCCACAAGCCGCUGUUCAGCUGGAAGGGCAGCUAUGUGGUCACCCAGGUGGCUGCGGAACGUUCGGUGUCCUUCGACAACGGAAUCGAUGGCUCGGUGGCGGAGGAUUGCUUCUUUGCGAUGCGGGCGUUUAGCCAAGGAUACACUUUCAACUUUAUCGAGGGCGAGAUGUACGAAAAGUCGCCGUUCACGCUGCUGGAUUUUUUGCAGCAAAGGAAGCGAUGGCUGCAGGGCAUCCUGCUGGUGGUGCACUCCAAGAUGAUACCUUUCAAGCAUAAGCUGCUGCUGGGCAUCAGUGUUUACUCCUGGGUCACCAUGCCACUCUCCACGUCGAAUAUUAUCUUUGCGGCCCUGUAUCCCAUACCCUGUCCCAAUCUGGUGGACUUCGUGUGCGCCUUCAUUGCGGCCAUCAAUAUCUACAUGUACGUCUUUGGCGUGAUCAAGUCCUUUUCGCUGUACCGCUUUGGAUUGUUCCGAUUCUUGGCCUGCGUGCUUGGCGCGGUGUGCACGAUACCCGUGAACGUGGUCAUCGAGAACGUGGCCGUUAUUUGGGGCUUGGUCGGCAAGAAGCACAAGUUCUAUGUGGUGCAGAAGGAUGUGCGCGUACUGGAGACUGUCUAGGAUAUUAUGGGUCUGGAGGAGGGAGUCGUCAAGUAGCCAUGAUCAUCAUAUCGCCCCCUAGAAACCAAAUGAAACAAAAGUUAAAAACAAAACAAAUAUCGCACAAUUUGGCCAGGUUCAGUGUGUUGUCAUGUCACUAUCUGAUUGAUUUACUUUAUUUGUACAUUUUCUAUGCAUAAGAAACAUUCACACCCACAACACACACCUGCACAAAGCACACACACUCACACCCGCACACACACUUAUUGUUGUUUCGUUCUAAUGUCAUGAUCAUUCAAAUUAUUGCCAAAAAACAAAAGGAAAGAAAGCAGAGGGUAGCUAACGCAAUAGGACAAAUCUUGUAGACGGUGUCUUAAACCAAGAUCGAUGAAACUGCACGAUUCACCACCAGCAACAACAGCCGUUAGGGGAACAAUAACGAUCCAAGAAAACCACACACAAAAAAUCUUCAUUAAGUGUAACAUCAUUAUAAAUAUAUUUUUUUUGUAUAGUCUGUAGUGAAGAAAUGCGCUAUAUUUAUAUAAUUAUAAAUAUUGUAUGUAUAUUGUGUAGAUUUAUUAUUAUUAUUACGAUUAUUUAAAAAUGUGUACAUUAAUGUAUUGUAAAUUGAUAAUCUGUUAAAUAUCAUUCACACCGAAACCAAGGAUAAAAAUGAAAGCAAACUUGAAUGUUA